GAAUAACUUAAAAUGGAUUUCAAAUAAAAAUACCAAAAAAUAAAAAUUAAAAGCAUAAAAAUUAAAUCAGUUUAAGCCCUGCGUUCGAGUGCGCUCUUCACAGCGCAGAGGGGCCGGGCUGCAGAUGUGGAGCUGGGCAGCGGUGUCUGAAUGCUGUAAACGUGGACAACCUCCAGGUCGCUGUACAAACUUUUUUCUUACCAUAGUGGAAGGAAUGUGCGAGCUGGGAGAGGCAAGCCCCUCCGUCAAACUUACCACAAUAAGAAAAGAAAAAAAACAUGAACUCCUUCAAAAUAAGAUAUAGCCUUAUAAUAGAGGUUUUACUGGGAAAAACACAAAGUAAGAAGCAGUAAUGAUAAACAUAAGAGUGCAUAAGUCCCCGGUCAUCACGUGCUUUUUAAAAUACAAAUCAUUCAAAUCGCUACCCACUGAAUGUUUUUUCCUCACAUUGGUUUUUAGUUUAACCGAAUACUGGCUUUGAAAAUUGUUCUAAACGUCCUCAUUCUGGCCUUUGCUUAAAAAUUGUUUCUAAUGCACAAAAUGCCAUCUUUUCAGCAUAUGGCCACUUUGAAGUCUGUCAGUGCGUCUGGAUACCUGAAAAUGUAACGUUUGCUUUUUAUUUUGAAAUUACCGGCGCCUGUUCUUCUAGUGUGCCUUGACUCCUCAGCACCGCUGCACACAGAUGCGGGCAGACCGAACCGCCUCUCUGAGCCGUAAAGUAGCCCGAGAGCCUCAAAUGUUUCAGCUUUUCAUUAAUGCCGUGAAGUUCUGGAUCGGUCCAACUCAUGUGGUGCUCACUUUCUUUACGUUGUCAAAAAAUCUCAAAGAAACACCAACAAUAUAGCAUUUGUGUUUUGAAAACAAAAAAGAUGCCACGUGUAGUUAUCUGUACAAAAGAAAAAAAGCUAUAUUCUCAGUUUUAACAGAAUAAUCCAGUUUGAGAAGAUUUGGAACAAAAAUUAAACAGUCACAUGAUCCCCAACAACGAGAUUAACUUCUGCAACGUUCAGCUCCUGAGAGCAAAUCAUCCACGACCUGUUACAAAGCCGACCAAUCAGAUUCUACAGAUCAGUCACCGAGUGCCGAUUGCUAACAUUUGGAUAUGAAGAGCUCUGUUAUUUUUAUAAAUCUGUUAGAGAUUAUAUGUAGUGCUUAUUGCGUGAUAUUACCUAAAUUUGAAUUUAUUAAAUGGCACUAAAAUGAAUGACUGAUGAAUAAAGUCACCUUGGUACGACACAGAGUGAUCGAUGGAAAUGAUUUAGGUGUUUCUGUGGUUUUUUGUCUGUAUUAUAUCUUGACUUGUGUUGUUAAAUAGAUUGUAGUCAACAGGAUCUAUGACGCAUCCGUACCUACAUUAUAAUCAAUUAAGUCCUUUUCGGCUACCUAAAAUUAUUUUCUAGAACUGUGAUGUUGUAUUUGUUGCAAUUUCUUCUGCCCUCUUGGCCAGACCUCUCUUGGAAAGGAUCGUUUUUAACAUCAAAGACAAUUUUUACCUGGAUAAAUAAAGGAUAUAUAAACGUCACUGCGCCAAAAACCGAUUGCAGCUUCUACAUUGUGACUGGAAUGAUCUUUCCGACUAAUGGCUUGAUAUCGUUCUUAAGAGACAUGUUUAACAGAUUAUAGGCCAAUAAGUCAUUUACAACAGUUUAAAUACUGACAAUCAAUCCUGGAAGGGAUUUUUUGGCAGACGAACGCUUUUGGGUAUGACAGGCGCCGAGUGCACACUGGAAAUCCCUUUUACGCACGGUUAUUGUGCCAAAUAAAGAAUCGCGGCUACUAAAGGGACAACUGUGGGCCUACACUGAGAAACUUGAGACAGCCGCGGCUGAAAGGCCCAAUCCAAGAAUUCCCACACACCCCUAAGCGGUUCAGCAGACCACCACCACACAGCAAACGGUAAAGCAGGAGAAGACAGAAGACGAAGGACAGGGAUGCAAUCUCACCAUGGUGACAUUAUCUACAAAAGUAGACUCGCUGGUAACACUGCUUUGUGUGACCUUUGUUUUUAUGACAAAGGCACAAUAUGAAAACUACAAUUUCAGAAAUUUUUCCGGAGAGGACCUCAUGCCUCUCACCGCUGCGUACGGGAAGGCGCUGGAUUAUUACGCAGCGGGAAACUGGACGGGAUCGAGCCAGUACUUGGAAUUAAGCCUGCGUUUGCACCGGCUUCUGAGGGACAGCGUGAGACACUGCGCGAGCCACUGUAACACGAGCAAGCAUGACGACGAGUCUUUUGCUGGAUACCCGGAUCUCCGCGUCUGCUGGAACGUUAUGAUGAAGGCGACCUGUCAGAAGAAGUGCAGGGCGCUUUUUCCCGCGUUCCAGCUGCCUCCUCCCGGCCGAGAGAUCCUGGAGGAUUUCAGCAGAAGAUCUCCCUACAGAUACCUGCACUUUGCUCACUCACAGCUGAAUGACCUGCAGAGGGCGGUACCAUGCGCCCACACCUUCCUCCAGAGGAACCCUGAGGACCAGCAAAUGCAGCAGCUGAUGGAGGAAUACAAGAGCAAGUAUGACCUGAGCGGCUACCUCAUCGACCACGAAGAACGACCCUACGAGACGUCGUUUCUGAGAGGAGUGAAACUUGUGGGUUUGGGCGACUACAGCAGCAGUGUUCAAGAGUUGGAGGAAGCUCUGUGGCUCUACUUCCAGGAAUAUGACCUGUGUCAGGCCGAAUGUGAAGGGAUCACUCAACUCUUACCAGACAGAGACUUCUAUGCAGUCAUAGCAGAUGCCUACAUUGACACAUUAAGGUGCAAACUGAGGUGUGAAGAAAACCUGACACCGAAUAUUGGGGGUUAUUUUGUAGUGAAAUUUGUGCCCACUGUUUACCACUACCUCCAGUAUGCCUAUUAUAAGUUGAACGAUGGCCGCAGUGCCGUGCCCUGUGCGUACAGCUACUUCCUGUUCGAGCCCGAGGACCCAGUCAUGAAGCAGAACCUGCUAUAUUAUAAAGCCUACAGUCAACAGUGGGGGCUUCAGUCCAACCACUUUACCCCCAGGAUGGAAGCUUUCAAACACUUCAACCAGACAAUAAUGCAAAAAAAGAUGUUGGCAUUUGCAGAAACAUACUUAGGUCUGUCUGAUGAGGACUUUCUAGGAUCAGAGGAGGCUGCACGCUCGGCCCCAGACUCUCCUGAUGCUGAGUUUGAAGGUAUUGGAGAUUAUGAGGAGUCAAUUUACGCAAACUGGAAGCAACUGAAGGGCAAAGGGGAUGCUGGCGAGUCAGACAUCUGAAGAUUUUCUGGAGUUUACAGAGAAUAGUCUGAACAAGAAAAAAGGAAAUCCAGAGAGAGGUCGUUUUCUGGUCAUUCUGCUCUGGCCUCAGGCAUGAACAAGGUCUUAGGACUAUAAAUAACCACUUGUUACAACCAAGGUAUGCAGAAGAGUGUCUCUGAAUGUGCAACACACUGCCACUCCUGUCAACUAAGAACAGGAAACUGAGGCUCCAGUUCACACAGGAUCACCAGAAUUGGACUACAGAAGCUAGACUGGAAAACUAUUGUAGUCUGAUGAUUCCCACAGUCCGGGUUCCUGCUGUGACAUUCAGACAGUGGGGUCAUAAUUUGGCAUGAACAACAUAAAAGCAUGGAUCCAUCCUCCCUUGUAGCUACGGAUCUGGGUUAGGAUCAGGGUUAACACAUGUCACAAAGCUCAAAUCAUCUCAAACGUUUCUUGAACAUGACGAUGAGUUCACUGUACUCAAAUGGCCUUCACAGUCACCAGAUCUCAGUCAAACAGAGCACCUUUGGGAUGUGGUGGAAUGGGAGAUUCCCAUCAUAGAUGUGCAGCAACUGUAUGACAAUAUGUUGAUAGACCAAAAUCUGUGAUGAAUGUUUCCAGCACCUUGUUGAAUCUAUGCCACAAAGAAUUAAGCAUAAGCAGUCCUGAAGGUAAAAAGAGACCCAACCCUGUGCUAGCAGUACCUAAUAAAGUGGCUGCUCACUGUAAUUAGACUUUAAAACUAGUAAUAUUGCAGGUGUCACAACAAGCCGUGUCAUUAUGAAUUAUGAACAUGAAACUGAAGUAGCAAGUUAGCCAGUGUUGCACAGAUCGUCAACCAAAUAUUUACAAAUGAUCAAAUACUUUCAAGCCAGAUUCAGUACAGUAUAAUAC